AUUGAGCAGCUGGGAUCGGAAACAGAGCGGCCCCGUGGGGUUGCGUGCUUUAAGAUUGGAGUUGGGAUGGACCCGGUCUCAGAAUUUAUUUUCCCAUCUUCUCCGCCUCCGCCGCCUCCUCUGCCUCCGCCGAUGGCAGCCGCCAACACCAAGCAAAAGCAACAAGGACGUCAUGGCCUUCAACUAUCCCAGAACGCUCGUGGCGCCGAUCUCGCACUCUGCUCUCAUGGCUACGCUCGACUACGACCUCAGCGCUAUCGGCAAGAUUUUGAUGGCUAAUGAUGGUCGUUCGGCCGCGGAGCGAAUAAUGGACUACGCAAGGAAGAAUUUAGCUUCAUUCAAGAAGCCUUCACCUCUAGUACCUCUGCGCGACGAUAAGGAUAAGCACGACGAUGAGGAGGAGGAGGAGGAGGAGGACGACGACGAUGAGGAGGAGGUAAUAAUUUUAGUUCAAUCUUCUAAGGCUAGAAUACUAUGUUUUUUUCCUGGCUGA